AUGGCAGGUACUGUGCGGGGCGGGGAGGGGGCAACCGGGCUCUCGCCCCUUCGCAGCUGCCUGAGCCGGAGGAGGGAGACCCGCCGGAGUGUCGGACGAGGACCUGAGAGAUCAGGGUUCAAAUACCCACUCAAUCAUAACUCCCCCUGCCCCACAGAUGAUGCAACAGUGUUUUGGAGGCAGAUGGAAGAUAGCCGAGUGGACUUGAUAUUUGAGCAAGUGCAGAAGGUGCUUUGGUCUCUGAAGCAGAAGAUCAAGGACAGAACUGCAACAGAUGAAGAGUACUGCCAAGCUUUGGCAUUUGUGAAUCAAGUGGAUAUGACUAACUUCCUACCUCUGACAAAUGUAAGCAGUGCUGUUAUUGAAGAAGAUAUGCAGAAAUUUGAGCCUGUUUUACAUCCUUCUGCCUCAAGUGAAAUUAUAGAAAAUCCUGGAGAUGAUUUUUCUUUAAGAAUGGAGAUAAAGGAGGCGAUAGAUUCAAGGAGUAAAGGCGAACUUACAGAAGUGUCUUCCAAAUUCCCCUAUGAGGAUCAUGUCUGCUCUAAAGAAUGUCUUGCCAAAAGGCCAUGGAAUUCAUACAAGGAUGAAAACCCUCUUAAUCUGCCAAUGCUGUUUCGCUUCCAAAGAUGGCAUGCCAAACCAGAUUCUGUGUCAAAGUCACACAAUGUUAUAUACAAAGCUCCUUGUGGAAGGAGUCUGAGAAAUUUUCAAGAUGUUCAGAAUUACUUGUUUCAGACAGAGUGCACUUAUUUAUAUUUAGAUCACUUUUCUUUCAAUACCUAUGUACAGGUAUUUAGAAGCAAUCCUAGUUGCCAGCCCUUUGUGUUUGAUUUUGAUAUCAGCAACGGGGCAGAGACAAUACCAGUUUCUUUCUGUAAUGACAUAGACCACGAUCGACUACCUUACUUUAAAUAUCGGAAGGUCUCUUGGCCCCAUGGAUACUUCUUGAACAAUUUCUCCAGCAUGUUUUUUGACUCAUGCAGUUGCACAGAUGGCUGCACAGACAGGACAAAAUGUGCAUGUCUGCUUCUUACUGAAAGAAACUGCCAUGAAGCUUCUGUGUCUUCAGGAAAAGAAGCAUCUAAUGGAUAUAUUUAUAAAAGACUCGAUGGACCUGUGCCCAGCGGAAUUUAUGAAUGCAGUGUGUUAUGCAGCUGUGACAAGAUUAUGUGCCAGAACAGAUUAGUGCAGCAUGGUCUUCAGGUUCGGCUGCAGGUCUUCAAAACUGAAAAGAAGGGCUGGGGAGUCCGUUGCCUUGAUGACAUUGACAAAGGAACUUUCGUUUGUACAUACUCAGGCAAACUGAUGAGCAAAGAUGAAUCCAGGGAACCUAAAGAUAAAGGUGGUGAGGUUAAAGAGGAAGGUACAGAGAAUGGUGACAGAAGCCACACUUUAUUUAAAAAAAGGAUAAAACUGGAUAUACUCUAUUCUGAUUCAGAGACUGAAGUUAUCCAAACCACUAGGAAGCAAAAAUAUUUGCCUGUAAAAGGUGAAGAUCAGCAAAGUGUAAUUCAGAGUUAUCAAAGCUACAGCUGUAACAGUACUUACGAAGCUGUUACAAGACCGAAAACUCGAACACCUGUUCUUCAGGAACAUCGGCGGCAACUAGGAAUUGCUGGUGCCAGUUCAGAUGAGGAUGGAAGUUCUGUGUGUCAGGAACCAGCAAGAAGUAAAGUAACUACUGCAGCCAAGAAAGGAGAUGGAAAAUCAAGUCUACAAGAAGAGCUUGGUGAAAUAGUGAGCACCGUACAGUCUGAAGGUAGUGUAGACGGCCUUUCCAACACCACUUUGAGCAGUAAGCCAGCUGUGCAAGAUGACAGAGUGAUUAAAAAAAAAAGCAAGGACCUAUUCUGGACUCAAGACACACACAAGAAAAGUUUCAAGAGAGGGAGGGGAGAAUCUGAUCACAAAAAGCAAGCAACGGAAGAUAGCAAGGCAUUCCCAAAGAAUAAGGAGAGCCCAUGUUUGCUGGAUGCAACCAAGGAAGGCAACGUGGGCAGAUUUCUUAAUCACAGCUGCUCCCCUAAUCUGUUUGCACAGAGUGUAUUUGUAGAGAGCCACGACAGAAAUUUCCAGUGGGUGGCAUUCUUCACAAACAGGCAUGUAAAGGCUGGAACAGAACUCACAUGGGAUUAUGGCUAUGAAGCUGGAAGCAUGCCUGAGACAGAGACUACCUGUCAGUGUGGUGCUCAUAAGUGCAGGAAAAAAAUAUUAUAUGGUACUUCGAGUCCGCCUCAUCAAGCGUCCAUUUCGUCGAACAUCCGUGGCAAACCCGGAAGCAGUGAAGCCUCCCUGCGGGGUUUCUGUCGCCGUGUUGGCCUCGCCGGGGAGGACCUCGCCCCGCCUCCGCCCGUGCGCGCGCAGCGGGAACGCCCUCCGCCGGUGACGUCACCCGGGCCUUGCGGAAAAGGCGCUGCGGGAGGCGCCGCUGGGGCCGCUGCCGAAGGUGACUUUGCUAAACUAACUUGGAUAAUGGCAAAGAUGGUAAGGAGACAGUGUGCAUUUUGCCCAGACGAUGAAGAAUGUGCCAUUAUGUAUGUUGCUGAAGGACAGAACCUUGCAGUUCAUCAAGAUUGUUUGCUAUAUUCCUCCGGAUUUGUGGAAUCUGAAGAACAUAACCCUGAGAAUCUCGAUAUAAGGUUUGAUGUGGCUUCAGUAACGAGUGAAAUAAAAAGAGGAAAGAGGCUGAUAUGCAAUUUCUGUCGCAAGAAAGGAGCCACUGUUGGCUGUGAAAUAAAAAACUGUCGCAGAAGUUACCAUUAUUUCUGUGCUUUGUGUGAUGAUGCUGCAAUAGAAACGGAUGAAAUUCAAGGCAUUUACCGAGUGUUCUGUCCAAACCAUGACCCAGUCAAGAAGACAAGCUUUUAUGCUAUCUUAUUUCUAGAUGAGGACAGCAAGAAGGGACGACUCCCAAUCCUAAUGAACUCAUCCUGCAGUAGAAAAAAAAUGAAUGAUAAUGAAACCGUUGCAGAAGAGAGCCUACAACAGGUCCUGAAGAGAAAAAAUGACCAGCAGAAAGUAAGGAUAGACUUUUUAAGGAAGUGUAAACAGGCUGGGCUUCUUGAUGAAAUCUUUGAGGAAAUGUUAGACACUCUUCACCUUGCGCAGGAAAAGCUGAUGGAUGACAACACUUCUGAAGCAGAAUAUGAAGAAACAGUAAUGUCACUUUUUGACUGUGGCCUUUUUGAAAAUAUACUUGCAACGGCUCACUCUGGAACUGAAGAAAAAAUUCAGCAGCUACUGCACACACGGAAAAGACUGGAUACUCAGAUUGAGCUUCUGAAAGAUUUGAAGGAAGUAGUACUACCUGCCCCAGAAGACACAGCUAGUGUAUCUAAUAGUAUCUCUGAACAACCUGCAUACUUUCUGUAAUACUUGAUCAUGAUUUCUCCUAUCUGGUUCUUGCAUAAAAUCAACUUUCCAGUUA